UUUAAAUCGGAUUAAUUGAUUUCAGGGUCACUCAUUAACUAUUCUGUGUCACUUUUCAAUAGGUCAGAGUACUGCGAAAUCAAUGGUUGUGAUGUCAAGAGAAAUUAAAAGACUUUGGCCUCACAGGAGACCGAGCUGUGAUAUUAUUCCUUCCUGGCACCACAGCAUCAGUCCUCUAUCUCAUAGGAGAAGCAAGCAAAUCAGUGUUCUGUUAGGCAGGCCGUGUUUGCAGGAUGGAUUCAGUCUUUUCUGUGAUUGGAUCCUAUACUGACUGGAAUUUAAAAAGCCUCCUGCUCUUCACAAUAGUCUUUAUCAUCACUGCUGAUUUUGUUAAGAACCGUCGACCACUUGGCUUCCCUCCAGGACCUUGGGCCCUUCCAGUUGUCGGCAGCUUAUUUACUGUUGACCACACCAGGACCCAUGAGGAUUUGACACAGUUAGCAGAAAAGUAUGGAGACGUGUACAGCAUACGGAUGGGCCAGGUGUGGUUGAUCGUAUUAAAUGGGCUUGGAGCUAUGAAAGAAGCUCUGGUAACACAGCGAGACAGCCUGGCAGAUCGACCACGUCUUCCUUUGGUUGAGGCCAUAACACAUGGACAAGGUAAGAGGACACAAAUCCUGCAGUGUAUUAUUUUUAGUAUGAGAGGUUUUCUUCACCCUGUGGAUUUUUGGACAGGUAUGACUUUCACUAGUGGGCACAUCUGGAGGCAGCAGAGGCGAUUUGCACUUUCAACCCUCAGAAAUUUUGGAUUUGCCAAGACGUCCCUUCAGCCUGUCAUCCUGGAUGAAUUUUCACACUGUGCAGAAGAGUUCAGACGCUAUGAAGGUAAGCCAUUUAACCCACACCUCGUCAUGAACAACGCCGUCUCCAACAUCAUCUGCUCCCUGCUUUUUGGUCAUCGCUUCGAGUACAGUGAUGAGAAGUUCCAGAAACUAUUGCGCUGGUUUGGCGUUGUGCUUCAUACUCAUGCCUCCAUUUGGGCACAGCUCUACAACUCAUUCACUGGGUUCAUGAGAUUUUUGCCUGGUCCACAUCAGACAAUCAAGCAGAUCUCUCAAGGUGUGAAGGACUUCAUACGAGCAGAGAUAAACGAGCACAAGAAAAACUGGGAUCCUUCAACGCAAAGAGACUACAUUGACUGCUACCUGAAUGAGAUUCAGAUGAAUAAGGGGAAAGAUGAGAACACUUUUGACGAGGAAAACAUGAUUAUAUGCGUUAUGGACUUGUUUGUGGCCGGUUCAGAGACCACAUCCACCACUCUGCGCUGGGGCUUCCUCUACAUGGCAAAAUAUCCUGAGAUCCAAGAGAAGGUCCAGGCUGAGAUAGACAGAGUGAUUGGACAGUCAAGACAGCCAUCCAUGGAGGACCGUGCAAACCUGCCCUACACAGACGCUGUCAUCCACGAGAUCCAGAGGAUGGGGAACAUCGUUCCUCUCAGUCUGCCACAUUUGACCAACAGAGACGUCCAGCUGGGAGGCUACAACAUCCCAAAGGGAUUUGCAGUAAUUCCCAAUCUGACCUCUGUGCUGUUCGACAAGAAUGAGUGGGAGAUGCCCUACACCUUCAACCCGGGACACUUUCUGAACGAGGAGGGCAAGUUUGUGAAACCAGCAGCUUUCAUCCCUUUCUCUGCUGGUAAGCGGCUGUGUCCUGGUGAGAGCCUGGCAAAAAUGGAGCUCUUCCUCUUCUUCACCUGCUUCAUGCAGCACUUCAACUUUUCCAUGCCUGCUGGAGUGAAGCCUGUGACGGACUUCCUCUUUGGAAUCACUUUGUCACCAAAAGAAUAUGAAAUAUGUGCAACCUCACGUCAAGAGUAAUAUAUUUUGAGAGGGGAAAACGAAACAAAAAACCCCACUUUUUUCUUCGUUGGCAACUAAUGUUUCUAUAACUGUUUGAGGAUUUAGAGAACAUGAGAUACUUUCAUUGUCUAUAGAAUGUCAUAGAUUAUAUCUGAGGAUAUGUAGAAUUUAUUAGCGCCUGCAUUGUUAACUCUUGUUUUAUUUUCUUCUUCGUCCUUUCCUAACCUAUUUGUCCACAGCUUGUGGUAUAAUUCUAUCCCCUUCAUGACUCAUGUUUUUGCUUUUCUUCAUGUGAGUUAAAGCAUUCCCAUCAUGAUUUCAUGCAAACAAGCUACAAAUUUUGGCAUGAAAAUUCAUCAGUAUACAAACAAUGAGCGUGACACUCGGUUUUUCACAAUUUAUUGCACGUGACACAGAAAUGUAGUGAAGAAUAAAGUACAAUGUUCGCAUUUGUUUUAAAGUGUACAAAUACUGUUUACAAAGUACCUCAAAAUUUUAUUACUGUAACUUCUCUUCUUACUUUUGUUGAAAAAUGUUGAAAUUAAAACUAAAAUUAAACUGCAACACAGCAGUAGAGAAGAAUUAAAACUGUGUCACAGCAAGAAGAAUUAAAACUGCGUCAUAGCAAGAAGGGACCAGCUCUAGACACAGUAGCAUAAUGUGAGAAUGAUCAGCUUGAUCAUCUUAGUGUCAGAGGGCUGUUUGGCAAUGCACCUGGUGUUUACUGACAAAUUGGUCCAAACUGGUUUUAGCUGGCUGUAACAGUGUGUCAGGCGAGGUCAUGUAAGGACAGGUGGGGGUACCUUGGGUAAAAAUGUAUUUGCUGAAGUGUAAAGAACUCAUCUGAUGAGGUGCCUCGUGGUAAAUAAAGGCUCUGAUUAGUUGGGCAGUGAGACAGCAGGAGGGAUUUGGCACACCUCUGGGGGGGGAUCUGCUCAACUAUUGAUUUUUUCAGGAAAGCAUCAGGAAUUCAGACACUAUUAAUAACAGAAUAAAUCAUGCAAUGGUGUCAGACAAGUCCCAACUUGUCCCAAAUAAAGAAGGAUGGACCUGGGGCGUGGAACCCCAGAACCAAAAAGUAUAAAUGCCAGGGCAUCGGAGGGCACAGACAGAUUUACCCCGGGGUAUCUCUCAGAGUGUUUUGACCUGUGCUGCACGGAAUAAACACUUUACUUUUGAAUCUGAAGAUUGCUCCAAGACUCUUCACUGUUUUUCCUUGGCGAGACUGCUGCAACUAUUAUUUUUGACAAAUUAUAUUUUUCAGUGAUUUGGAACCUAGAAUUGAGACAGUAGACAUAAUUUGCGCAGACAUUGUAUCCACUACACUUUCUACCCCUGGGCACAGACAGAAAAAGAAACAAAAGCCCUCCAACUGCACCUUUUGUAAGUCCAGUACAAAUUGCACUGGAACAAUUUUUUUUGGUAAAUUGGUUGAACUUAAUAUAGGAAUUUGCAUUAUGUUAGCACAAUACAAUCACAGCAUCAGAACCUCCAACCUAAUAUUUUUUUGUUCCCUCUCACAACCCUUAAACAUGUCUGAUAUAUUGAGGCACACACUCCAUAAGACCUCUGAAGGUGUAGUAUGGCGUCCAUCCACCAUCUGAUUGAGUUCCUUGUCUGAGCAUUCCAGUUUGAACAAGCACAACAAAUAAUUUGUCGCUGUCAAAAUGGUCCACCAUGGCAUUUAGCUGUUAAGUUCCCAAAAAGUCAUCCUCAAACAUGUAAACACACUGGAGGAUGGAUAUGCUAUGAUGGUUCUUGGGUCAGCUCACAAAUUGAUAGCGAUCCCUCAGGGAGAUCCUGUUUGCUGAUUUUUGUUUUAAGUCUUGCUACUCACGCACUGCUGGACAUCGAGACAAAAAUUCACUGUUAGGUACAACCUGUGCUGGAACAAGAUUAUAUUUAUGAUAGUUUGAUUAAACAUUAUACUAGAACAAACAUCGUGUGAGUACAAUAAAAAAAAAUUAAAAUGGGUAGAGAUAGCAAAUCUUCAUGUCCUGUUGACAAACCAGGCUUUCCAAUAUUAACUGGGCUGUGAAAUGUUGCCACACAACUGAUGUGAAGCAAAGUUACUGAAGUCCUACAUUACAGCUUGAGGUGCUUAAAUGAGUAUUUCCAUGACUUUCUGCAUCAGGAUCUCAUUUCCCUUUGACUUUAAGUACAUUUGGCAAUAAUGCACACAUUUCAUUUGACCUCUAGGUGACAUCAUUUUGCUUUGAAUGGUAGAGUUUUUACUUGCACUUGUAGAUGUAGCGACAAACUGUUGUGUAUUGUUGCUAUUGUUGCUUUACUGUAAGAUGUAUGCUGCUGUAACAUGGGAAAUUUCCCCGGACACGGGGAGUAAUAAAGGAUUAUCUUAUCUUAUCUUA